GACGCAAUGUUGGCUAAUCUCCAAAAAUAGCACACAACUGGAGUCUGGAGCUCUUCCUACAAUCGAUCAUCCGCUACUGAGCUUUGUGUGGAGAAAGAAACAUACGAUGUCGUUUAGCUCCUCUGUUUCAUCUGCCCAGUUUCUGUCUAUGUUCGCUAAACCUUUCGGAUCAUCUAAGCCUUUAGCGCCUCAUAUCUCUGCUUCUGCCGAUGUCCCUGACUUUCUCUCUGCUGAUUGGCUUGAGUCCCGUAGGAAAAAGCCAUUUGGUCCAAGAUUAAGUUUCAGUGCAGAUGAAGCAGUUCGCCACCAGCUUGAUGCAUUGAAAUACAAUGACCAGCCUCAUCAAGAUUAUGGAGUUGAAGUCAUGUACAGAUUUGCUGGAUUUGAUCCCUUUCAAAGAUCUACCUACUUCGGGCGCUUUUUUGACUUGGGUCAGUUUGAACGAUUCAGGCGAAUUUUUCAUCAUUCGACUUAUCGGGUGUUGCUUGGCCAUCAGGAGAGGGAGAUUUUGAGCAGUUUGCAUGUAAAUGAGAAUUUGUAUAAGCAGCGUAUCUGGGUCCGAGGUACUCGACCCGAGGAAGAAGAAAUCUUCCAAUUCACCAUGGUUCAGGUGAUGUAUGUUGGACCAAACAAAUUAAAGAGAGACUGCAAUGCUGCAACAGAAGUUCUUUAACAAGAGAAAGCUGUUUUGCUUGUGGAGAACGUAGUUAUUUGAAUUUAAUUUAUUUACGUUGAAGGCUACAUUAUCCUGUUUCCUCCUUUGCCUUGACAUAGGCAUGUAAAAUGAGUGUGACAUGUACUGAUGUACAUAGUCACUUCAUAUUGGAUUCUUUAAAACUGAACGUGAAUAUGUACCCAUACCCUAGUCCACAUACAUAGACUAAGGGCUCGUUUGAUACAAGGAAUAAGGGAUAAUUAAUCCCGAGAUUAAAUUUGGGAUGAGUUUAUCCUAUAUUUGGUUGGGAUAAAUCGUGGUAUAAUCCCGGGAUUGUAGUGUUACUUUUAUCCCGAUGGAGGGUGGGAUAACAAUCCCGGGAGCGGGAUAACUAAUCCCAAGAUAAUUAAUCCUGGGAUAACUUGUUUUCUAACCAAACGACCCCUAAAUGUUGCAUAUGUUGCAUCAACCUGUGUUUGUAAUUAUCUACCAUUAAAUGCUAUGGAAACACCAAGCAUAACCUCCACAAAGCAGGGAGUAGUGGAGCAAGUCUUGCAAGCUCUUUUGCUUGUAUUUUUGUAUAGCUUUAUCGCCUUGUUGGCAUUUCCAAAUGUUUAGUCCAGUGAUUACAUAAUCUGUUUUCUGUGUAGCUUUUGAGCAAUUCAUCAGAUCCUUUGUGAAUGAAAAUGAAGUUUUAUUUUCCUCCUUAUAUUUUCAGAGAGGUGAAACUAGAGAUUGAUCUAUGUUGUUUAGGCAGGAAAAUUCUUUGCUCAAAUCCCUGCCUCCUGAAUUCUACAUCGUCCUCUAGCUUGCAACUUGUAACGUCCAAAAUGCAUUGACCUGCCUUCACUUACCAUUAUUACCUCAAUUAUGUAUCCUGUGUCAACAAUUAAUAAAGGAGGAAUAUCUUGCAUUUCCUUUUGUAAGGCAGAAACAUAGGAUCAACUUGCAUUGCAUCUCUAUUAUUCUGUACCAAUAGACCAAAGCCUUGGGGGCAUGUUAUCUACCCUUAAUAUUUUCUUUUUA